AUGAGAGUUGAACCCGCGACCACUAAGACCAAAGGUACCCACUGGGACAUUCUUGCUUCCACAACAAUUCUCACACGCCUCUCUGCCUCCGGACAGCGCUGCACCGUCGUGCUGCACCUGCAAGCUCCUUUCCUCUCCCACCACCCCUCACACGCCUCCCUCAGGCCCGCACUUCGGCCUGCCCUGGGAGGGCCUCCAAGCAGCACCACAUGGAGACCAUUCUCACACGCCUCUCCUCGUCCGGGCGGCACUGCACCAUCGUGCUGCACAUGCAAGCUGCCCCUCAUCCCCUCAACUCAAGCCAUCUUCUCAACUCAAUCACCUCCUUCCUUCACAAACCCCCCUUAUCCCCUCCUUCACACCACCACCCAUGCCCCUUCCUCAGGUCCCCAUUUCGGUUUACCUCGGAGGGCGUCCAAGCAGCACCACACAGAGAACAUUCUCACCCGUCUCUCUGCCUCCGGGCGGCACUGCACCGUCGUGCUGCACAUGCAAGCUGCCAGGCCGGACCUCUUUCUGGGCGGCAACUGGAAUGGCACGUCAGAGAUUCUGUGCCUCAAGCACGGGGACUUGGGCAAGGUUGUGAGCAGAGAGGUGUGCAAGCCAUCUCUCAACCUCCUAGCAGCCACCUUCCCCUCCCUCAUGGCCUCCCUCUCUGCCCGCUGCUCCUCCCUCGCCUCCAUGCCUCGACUCGCCGCUGCCCUGGCUUCCGAACCUGCCUCCUCCGAACCUGCUUCUACGCUUGCCACCAGCCCUGCGUCCAAACCUACACCUGAGCUUGCCCCCAAACCUGCAUCACCGCCACAACUAGAGACUGCAAAGGAGCAGAGACAGGCACAGCAGCAGCAAAUGGACCAGCAGCAGCAGCAGCAGCAAAAGGAAGAGAAGGAGCAGAAUCAGCUAUCUUUGGCACCUACUCAUCCAGCUGACUGUGCUGUGGAGGAAUCUUCCAGGAAGGUGGAUGCGCAGGUGGGGCAGGUGCACGAGUCCCUGCCGCCCAACACGCUGCUGCUUGUCUUGACCGGGUGCGGCGACACGCCAGCUGUCAGACGCAUGAUGGAGUGGCGGUGGAAGCGGCAGCAGUGGAGGAGCACGGGUAUGGAUCCCUGGGACGAGCGCCUGGAUGCUCUCUUGAACCGCAUGCAGGAACGGGCGUCUGCUGCUCUGUGCUUGGCCACUGUGAAGCAAUGA